AUGACCUCUAAAGCCCCAUCUAGGCGAUUAACAGAUAUUUUGCAUAGUAACAGUAAAGAGACACUACGGCGUAAUGCCGCGGAACUUGCUAGAGUCUCCGCAUCACUACCAUCUACAGAUAUGCAAACACGUUUUUUACGUAAUCAACACUUAAUUAAUCCCAAAUCUCUUCAUCUUCUUUGUGAUGAGACGAUCCUCUCACGUUGGUGUACUUUUGCUGUUUAUAAACCACCUUUUUGCCCAAUGCGUCGUGUAGAGGCGGAUGGGAAUUUUCAUAAUGUUUCUGUAGAGUCUUUUAUUUCCGCCGCACUUCGUUCACGAUCUGUGCAGCCGAUUCUUCAACGGGAACUACAACCUAAAGAGAUGAAAGUACGUGUGGUCAAUAAUGUAGAUAUAUACGCUUCUGGUCCAGUGAUUGUAACUAUUGCGGAUCGACAUAAUUUUUCAACUUCUCUACGGGAUUUCACAAUGAAGUAUGAUGUCCUUGUGGCUGGACACGCAACUCUCACUGAACCUGUUUCCGUAGAUGCGGAGAAACUGUUUACGUUUCCUUCACAAGUAGAGAAUAAUAGAAAUAAAGAAAAGAAUAAUGAUAAUGAUAAUACUUCUAUAGGAAGAAGAAUAACAAGAGAAGGUAUAUCCGCUUCAUCCUUAUCAAAAUGUGUUUGUACAUAUCAGGUGAAACGAAAUGCCUAUUAUGCAGUUCAUCCAGUAAGUCUUAUAGAGUUUACAAUAACAGCACCACCAACACCAUUACCACCUCAAAUAGAGUCUUUUGUCCGUGAACAUCUCUCAACAUUUGUAUUAGGGGAUCCUGAGGCAUCCGCCACAGCAACAACACCCAUUAGUAAAGAAAAGAAGAAAAAGUCAGAAUUAACAAUAUCUACAGAUAAAAUACAGGCAACAAAAACUGCAUGGAGUGUUGUAGCUAUGCGUGGUGACUGUGAUUUUCCACGUGUCUUUACACAUCUCCGAGAGGUGAACAUUAACGCUGAUGUACCGGACGUCUCCGGUAGUGUUGCCGCAAAAAAGAAAAUUGAAUUUCAUUGCCGUAAGUGUUUUGAACCAAUUUUACAACAAGAACGUGUGUAUAGUCUAAAAGGUCGACGUAUAGGAUUAUUGGAUGGCUCAUGGACACCAGAGUCGGAGUUUCUUUAA